AUGCCAGGUAAGAGCCUUUGGGUAGCGCCAGAGGAUAAUGAUGGAGGCUUCUUCUUCUUCUUCUUUUUAAAGAGUGCUAUGUGUGGUUUGACAGCAUGGAUGCUAGCAUUCAAGCACACACAGCUUGCUUCCAGGCAACCCGUUUAUUUGCGAGAUCAGACGACAUUUGAGCAUUUGUUGAGCAUUCCUUCUAAUUUGUUUGCAGAGAGGUUAGACUUGCCUCCAAGCAAUUGUUAUCCAGCACUUUCCAGUGCAUCUCUCCCUUGCUUUCCAUAUUGGAAAAAGUCUGCUUUUUUGUGGGGGAAGCUGGUUUUUCGUUGCCUGAGGGCACCAAAGCAACUUUCAUUGAACAGCCUGAAUUUGCUGCUAUGGGAUUGAAUCUCUCCUGCAAGAAAGUGACAGUCCUCAUAGUUUUAUUUUCUGAGGCUGGCUGGAGUAAUGGUGUAAACUGUCCCGGUUCUGCCACAAAACAUAGCUUUAAAAAACACACACCAAGUUUCUAGUCCUUAUUGUUGCAAACGUGUGUGUGUGAGUGACAGGCGUGCGUAGUGAAAUAUAAGAAGCAAUUAGUACAAUGGGAUUAGUACUGAGCUAAAAAGAAAAUAGGGAGAGGAUCGUUUUGUGAAAACCUGUUCCAUACAGCCCCUCCACCCCCAUUCCCAGUUUCAGUUAUCUUCCCGGGGGGACAUGGACAGAAGUGGAAAUGCAGUAAAACUGAAGUGAGACUGCGGGAGGCAGGUGGAGUGUCAAGAGUUUUGAAGCUUGUUCAUAGGGAUGGGAACCCCAGAAUUUAGGAUUGUAGCAUGUCAGGGAGAAAGUUAGACCGGGAUACUUCUCCCUUAUAUCUACAGGUUUUCGUUGUGCAAAGAAUUAUUUUAAAACAAGCAAACGAAAAAUAUAGAGCAGGAGACUCUUGAUCUCAAGCCCCAUGUUGCAUAAAAGAUUCCUGCAUUGCAGGCGGUUAGACUAGAUGACUCUUUCCAGCUCUACAAUUCUAUGAUUCUAAUAUAAAAUGUAGAGCUUCAGCUGUCACCUUCCUUCAAAAUCUCCCUGUAUGUGCUUUGAAUUUGUCUGGAUUAUAUACAGUCCUUAAAUCCUCUAUCAGUGCUUGGUGGUUUUUACAGUAUGUUGUUGUUGUUGUUGUUAACACCAUCAGUGACCCUGAACCUUACAAUUAGCAGGUGAUGCCUUGUUGGUGGUGCCCAGUUCCAUUCACCCAUGACAGGGCCUUUUCAGUGGCAGCUCCCUAUUUAUGGAAUGUCCUUCCUGGUCAGGCGUGUCUUUAAGAGCAUUCCUGUUCACUUAGGCAUUUGAUGGCUGAAAGACACUGUUCCUGGCAACCCUCAGAUCACUGGUAGAAAGAAUUCUUUCAACUGCUUUUAGAAUCCUUUUUUUAAAAAAAAGUUUUAUUAUUUAUGUAUUUGCCACUUUGGACUCCUUCAGGAGAAAGCGCAGGAUAGAAACCAAAUAAAAACAUAUUUAGUAGCAGUAAUUAUGACUAUUCGUAAUCAUUCCUGCAUUGCAGGGUGUUGGACUAGAUGACCCCAGGGAUCCCUUCCAAUUCUACAAUUCCAUGAUUCUAAGUGUGUGCAUAUUUAUGACUUUUCCAUGGAAUGUGUGGACCACCAAUGGGUCAUCUGUAUGUCAGAACUUCUCCAUUGGGCUACAGGGAUUAAAGAGCUGAGCCACAGGCUUUGCCUGAAUCGUUCUCCACACUUGGGUGCCAUAUAUAAAGGCUUCCUUUGUGGGGUGAGCUUAGCCAGUUCCGGACACUCAGGCUGCUGUAUAUACCUCUUUUCUUUUGCCCACCAGCUCUUUUACCUGCCGUGAAGAUCAAUGCCAAGGGCCGGGAGGUGGUCUACCUGGCAGAAGGCGAGUCGGCCAAGCUCGGCUGCCCCUACGAGUUGGAACCGCAAGAUCAUGGCUCAAACGACUUGGACAUCGAAUGGACACAGAUGAACUCUGACCCCACAAACCUGGACAACGUGGUGAGUACGUGGGUCAAGCUCAGCUGUUGGUUUCAAAACAUCUGGCCUCUUGUGUGCUCCGGAAGUGAACUGAACCAGGAUGAACCCAACUAUAGCCUGUUCAGGACAGGAAUCUGUCGCAACCAUAGUGGACCCCAACCUCUUUGUUCCCUAUCAAACAGGAAACUCAAGCAACCACUAGAACAGGGUCUGGGGAACACAUUUCAGCUUGAGGGGCUGCUUUGCAUCCUGGGUAAACUUCUGAGGGCCAUGGGGCCAGAGUCCAAGGUGGAUGGGGCAACAAAUGCACAUUUUUCUUUUGCACAAUAGACUAAUUUGAUCGGAGGUCAAGGACACAUUCAAGCCAGUAAAAAACACUUGAAGAGGGUGGGGAGCAGUACCAGGGAAUGGGUGUGUGUGUGUGUGUGUGUGUGUGUGUGUGUAGAAGAAUGAGGGCCAAACAGGGGCCUUGAAGGUCAUGUUAGGCUCCUAGAUCUGAGCUUCCUGUAUCAGUUUAUUUAAAAUAGUAUGGGUGCCAUCAGGAUAGGACUGUGGGAAAGAUGUCCUGGGCUCCACUCAGCACACCAAAAAGAACAGCAGGGCUGGCAGCUUACCAUAUUUUGAAGAAAGAGAAGCGAAACCAAAAGCUAUCUAAAUAAGUUACCUCAUGACAUCAUUUGAAUAGAUGGCAAUGUUUAUUACUCCAUUAGAGGGGCAGUCUCCAUAAGACCCCACCCAGUGUCUAGAAUCUAAAAUUACCUAACCACAGCACCAGGGAAGGGAGAGAAAUUUGAUUCAGUUCACGUUUAAAGGUGACACUUUCUGGAGCCAUACGUGAACCGAAGCACAGCCUUCCUUUGAAAUUCACACUUCCCUGAAUUUUGCAGUGCUGUUCUCCAGCCCAGACACAUGUGUACAAAUAUGCACGUAUACUCAGGUGAAGCGUGCCUGAAAAUGUAUACAAUGAUGGGAAUAACAUGCAAAAAAAUGCAUUAUAUUAAUAGAAAUUGUAAAGAAAACCACCCUGUGUAAAUAUUGAGAAAUCUUCAUGAAAGAGCUAACGAAUUUCCAUGAAGACUUUUUUAAAAAAAUGCAAAUCAAUACAGAAACAUGGAGAACUGAAUUUAAGAUUGGAAUUUCUGAUCAUCUUAUUGUUUUUUCCUCUUUGUAAACUGUUUUUGCAAUCAAGAGGUGUAUAAAUUUUAUGAAAUAAACAACAGUUCAAAAUGAGAAAUGGAGAGAAAAUGAAAUUGAUAGGUUUGCCCAUCUAUAACCCCCUGAGUUUAAGUCUAUACAAUUGGCAAAACUGUUACAGCCUGACACGAGAGGAGCCAUCACUGUCCCACCUCCUCCGGCAAAAUAAUCUGUGGAAUGCCAGGGGGGAAGCAAAUAUAGUUUUGUGAAGGAGGAGGAGGGUGUUGUUUUGCCUGCGAAUGAUCUGGUGCAAGAUCUGUGACCACAUAAGCAAUUUGGAAAUCUUAUUCUGUUGAUUUAGUGGUGUUGUUCUCUGGUUCCUGCCCACCAGAUCCUGAGCUACAACAAUCACCAGGUAAUCCACCCCGGCUACCAUUUCCUGCAGUCGAGAGGGGGUUCCGCAGCCCACGACUCACGACAUUUUGGCAACUCUGGCCUGCAGCAGAACAUGGUGAUGGGGGGCUCUGGCCACGACUGCUGCUCUGGCCUGCAGCAGCGAGUGACCUUUGCAAUCCAAGACCCCAGCCAGUACGAUGCCUCCAUCAACCUGCAGAAUGUUCAGAUUUCCGACUCGGCAACUUAUGAAUGCAAGGUGAAGAAAACCACAGUGGCCACCCGCAAGGUGACCGUCAUGGUGCUAGGUGAGUCCUACUGAUGCAGAAAAAGGGACUGUGGCCCCAUGGCAAAGCAGGAGGUCCAGGACUGCUCUGGUUUUGAGGGACUUGCCUUGCUUUGUAGAGUCAUAUGGCUGGGGCUGCAGGAUGCUGGAAUGGAUGCCUCGCCUCUUUGUAUGUUUUGUGGAAAUGUUGUGGAUAGUAGGAGAGGAUAUAUUGAUUAAAUAUUAUCCUUCCUCACUCACGCUGGUGAGUCAGUAGCAGAUACAUUGCCCAGUAUAUAGCAGGAAGCUAGUUGGAAGAUUCGUUUGAAUCUCUUUACUUAAGCAAUCCAAUCUGGCUUGCUUAAGUGGUAACUCCUCUUAAAAAGAAUAAAGACACAACAGUCUUCUUUAAAAGUAAUGAUAAGAAGUUUACUUACAUUCCGUUCACAGCAGGUUCCCUGAAGGCAGGCUUUAGCUUGGAGUUACAGAAGAGAGUUUGAGUGGGGAUUGAGCUCAUGUGCAGCUGGCUGAGAGCCAGCAGACAGCAAAAUACACCAAGAGAUCAAGACAUCAAAGAGUCAAAAGAGAAAGAUGGCUGUGCGACUGGCCCUUUUACAGGGUCUCCCAGGGUCACGUCCAUCUACCUGGUCACACGCAGGGGGAGGAUGCUCCAGACCAGGUGUGACAGGAAGUCCUCCUGGCUGGAUUAACAUCCCCCUGUAUGUCCACUCUGGGCAAACAGGAAGUGUUGUACUUGACUGCUUGUGCUACAUCCCACAUGUUGGUGGGCCUUGGCUCCUAUGGCUCACGUACUGGCAGUGCCAGAGUCUCUCGGAGCCAUCCCACAUUCUUCAUUCCUUCCCCCCACCUCCUUUUCUUCAGACUUACUAACUGAGAACAUUUUCUCUCCCUUCCAUCAGCGAGACCAUCCAACCCACAAUGCUCAGUUGUAGGCAAGGUAGCCUUGGGCCAGAAAGUCACCCUGAGCUGCUCCUCAAACUCUGGCACUUCCCCACUCAUGUACCAGUGGGCCAAAGUCACAGAUCGCCCUUUUGCGAACUGGCUCUCCGCUACCACCACUAAAGGUAAGAACCAGGAAUUAAUGGAGAGAGAUGCUGGGAUGCCCAACAUUUUGCUUGCUGCUGUGGGGCGGCAGGUCAACAUUGUGAAUGAGGAACCUCAAGCCCUGGGUACUGACUGCGGCCCUCCAGGCCAGUCUACCUGGCCCUUGGGCUUCUUGUCUUUCGCUUGUGUGGAUGGAAGAAAGAGACGUGUAUGUAGAAACUAGCCUAGGUGAAUUUGCAUCCAUUGCUCCACCCACUUUUGCUUCUGGCUCCUCCCACCCACCCAUCUCUGGAAGUAAUGCAGCCUUCCAGGUGAAAAUGGCCCCCCACCUCUGGAGUAGAGGAAAGAUGCUUGUACAGGAAAUGAAGCAGAGGAGAAAUUGCAAGGUGAAAAAUGAAUUUACAAAAUCCUUGGGUUAAGGGAAGCAAUGAAAGCAAAUUAGGGAUAAAGACUGCAUACUAAAACUGCUGAACUUGUCACACAUUUGGGCCUGAACAAAUGCAACAGCUACAUAUUUCAUUACAGGGGUGAGUUGGUCACAGGCUUAACUUUUUGGCCAAUCCUAUUUCCAUAUGUCUCCUACAUCUUUCUCCCCUCCCCCAAUUUAGCUAGAUAGAUACAUGUGUACACACACUUCAGAUUACAUUUCAUGCAUCUGGUACAAUGGACUCCACUCCACAAACACAUGUGCCGUAAUCAACAAAAGGUAAAGUCAUACAGCCGUAGGUUGGAAGUUGAACGGAAUCCAUUCCAGAAGUCCAUUCAACUUCCAAAACGUUUGGAAACUGUUAAGUUGUGGGUGAACAUAUCAGACGACACAGCGAUUCUUCAAACAGCUCUUGUUUAUUCAGAGGCCAGAACAGAGCUGAACUGAAGGGCUCAGUCAGCAUGCUUAUAUAGAGCUCCAGUACCACGUUACUGUAACAACUUUCUAAAACUAUCCAAUCACUGAAUGUCACUUUCGAUCCUUCAUUUGCAUAACUAUCUACAGUAUCCCCCUGCUGGCCCAGGGUGAGAACUUCAGUACAUAACAAAAACCAAAUUGCGGCUUCUGAUUGACUGAAGGAAGCUCCUGCAGCCAAUCGGAAGCUGCGGAAGCCCUGUCGGAUGUUCGGCUUCCAAAAAUAGUUCACAAACUGGAACAGUCACUUCCGGUUUGCCGCGUUCAGGAGCCAAAACGUUUGGGAACUAAGCUGUUCGAAAACCAAGGUACCACUGUAUUUGGUCUUGUGCAAAGCUUGCCUGGCUCAUCUUGAGGUCAUCGUGGAGGAGUGUAACCCAGAUCAAUGUGAGCUUAUAGUAACUGGGUUUUUCCUGGAUUUUCUCUCUCUCAAGGCCCAAAUCCCGGUGACCUGAUCAUUCAGAACCUAUCCAAUGACCACGCUGGUGUUUACCAGUGCAGUGUGGCCAACAAAGUCGGAUCGGCCAGGUGUGUUGUGGAGAUCUCCUUCUCAAAGGGUAAGAGAUUAGCAUUUUUCAUUUUGUCCAAAUACCAAAUCUCAUGCUUGUCUGGCAGAGUCCGAAAAGCAAGUUUUAUGCACGGAAAGCCCGCAAGCAGGACCAGUAAUUCUCCUCCCCUGCAGUUUCCAGAAACUGGUCUUCAGAAAUAAUCACCUUCAGAAGUUUCAAGGUCUUGCAGAGAACUCCAGGGGAAUCCUCCAUCUUGGCUUCUGGACUCAUUCUCCAUAUGCUCCUGCCUUUAUUUUAAAUUUUUGAAAUCGCAGACAAAUUUGGGAAAUGUAAUCAGGGUAGAUGACACCUAGUAGCUGCCAGUCAAUCAAAAGCCAUCAAGCUUAGCAUCUCCUAGCCAUUCCAUCUCAGCUCAGUGUUCUCCAUGGUCUUCUCCUCCCUUGCAGAGUCCAACCGAGUGAGCAUCGUCGUGGGAGUAGUCCUUGGCUCUCUGCUCUUCCUGACCCUCCUGGUGUGUCUCAUCGUGGGGCUGAUCUGCUGCUGCAGGAAGAGGCGUUACAAGGAAGAGGCCAACCAGAUCAGGUGACUAGAAGCAGGAGGAAUAUAUGAGAGGAAGGGGUUUAUGGGGGUGGAAGGUCUGCGUCGUAAGCCUCUCGUCAUUAAGCCGCUUCCUGCUGCAGAACAUUGAAGGGGGGGUCUUCAUUCCAUGGAGGAAACCUUAGGUCCAGGGGCCAAAUGUGGCCCUCCAGGCCUCUCUUUCUGGCCCUCAAUACUCUCCCAAGGCCAAGCUCCCUUACCCAGCCACAUCCUCUUUCAACAGCCCUGCUUGGCAUCCUCUUUGAGUGCUUUUGCCUAGUUGGAAGGUGUCCUUAAAUUCUGAUAAUUCUUCUGUUUUGCCUAGAUGAAGGAGAGAGUGGGGUGUGCACAAAUCUAGCCACAAAUCUCAACCUUUGGCUCUGGGACUUGAGUUUGGGGGUUCAAUCUCAGAUCUUUGGGGCUCUGGUGACUUCAUCUAAGCAUGCAGGACAGUUGCUCCAGACUCGUGAUUCCGUAUUAGCUAAGUGCUGCUGACUCCCAGUUUUUCAAAAGCCAAGCCAACAAGCCACCUUUGGAAAAUUUUGAUAUCUCCAUGGUAGUUUUUGUUAUGUGAAUGGUGCCACGGACCCCCCCGGGUGGGUUAUGCAGACCCCCUGGGCUCCACGGACCACCGAUUGGGAACCGCAACGCUAGACAGAAGCCUAAUAUUGUGCUCACUCAUGCACAUGCAGCCCCCACAGUUAAAAAUAGGUAACUGUGCACUGUGCGCAGGACUAGUCGAUUGCCCGGGCUGUACUGUGGUUAGCAUGAUGGGCCAGAGAAACACAUGAGGGUAGGGAAAGUGCUUUAAACAGUAUUUCACUCAUCAUUUUUUAGAUUCCGCCCCCCGCUCUGUGAAAUGGGGAGGGUUGGAAGGCAGAUUUUCCAAUUGAAAAGGGCACUCGGAUACUGCAGGUGGCCCUUCCCAUUAGAAGAGGCACCCAAAAUUAGCCGGGGAAAUCGACCAUUAGAAAGUGCUAUACAGUGGUGCCUCGCAAGACGAAAUUAAUCCGUUCCGCGAGUGUCUGCGUCUAGCGGUUUUUUCGUCUUGCGAAGCAACCCUAUUAGCGGCUUAGCGGAUUAGCACUAUUAGCGGUUUAGCGGCUAUUAAAGGCUUAGCGGCUUAGCGGCUUAGCUGCUAAAAGGCUAUUAAAGGCUUAGCGGCUUAGAUAAAGGGGGGGAAAGCGAAAAAAAAAUCUCAAGACUCGCAAGACAUUUUCGUCUUGCGAAGCAAGCCCAUAGGGAAAUUCGUCCUGCGAAGCAACUCAAAAACGGAAAACCCUUUCGUCUAGCGGGUUUUCCGUCUUGCGAGGCAUUCGUCUUGCGGGGCACCACUGUAACUGCACUUUCCUGUAGUCCAUCCAUGCUGACUCUAAUGCUUUAAUGCUUGCAUCACAGUUUAUUGUACAGUCGUACCUUGGAAGUCAAACAGCAUCCGUUCUGGAAGUCCAUUCAACUUCCAAAACUUUCGGAAACCAAAAUGCGGCUUCUGAUUGGCUGCAGGAUUGGCUGCUUCCAAAAAUAGUUCACAAACCAGAACGGUCACUUCCAGGUUUGCGACGUUCGGGAGCCAAAACAUUCGAGAACUAAGCUGUUCGAAAACAAAGGCACGACUGUAUUAUGUUUCUUCUUAUUUAAAAAAUCAUUUGUUUCCUUUGUAAGCUGGCCUGAGCUGCAAUUGUUGUUGUUAGAAAUGAUAACUAUAUAAAGAAAUUAAAUAGUGAAACAGAGAACUCUUUCCCCUCGCAGGGUUGACACGGUGCCCCCAAGAGCCAGAGGUGGAAGCCGAAACAGCAGCAUACGAUCCGUCCUGGACUUCGUGCCCCACAAUAUCAGCUUUAUGCAGCGCCGGAAGUACGGCUCUCCCAAGGAGCAGGAAGGCACCGAGAUGAUCUCCCCGGCCCAAGAGGCGCAGCCUGUGGAUUGCAGCGGCGUGAAAAGCGAGCCCCACCGUGGCGGCUGCUCGACCACCGUCACGACAAAGGCCAGGGUUCACUACGCUCCUUCUGUGCCUUCCUCGCCCCAGGCGACGUCUUCACCAUCAGCUGCUGGCCCAGAUAAUGGAGGAAGCUGCUCCAUCACGUCCGAGAAGGGAAGGCGAAGCCAUCCUGGGCAAUAUGGAGGCGUUGCUGUGAUGGUGCCAGCCAAGAGCAGAGAUGGCCUUUUAGUAUAG